GCGCCACCAUAUCAAAGUUAAGGCCAUGAGCUUCAUAAGUUGCAGCAUUAUCCUUUUGGCUUUGUGUGCUCGGUUUGAGAGACUAGUGUUUUGAUAUAUUCUUUGGUUACAAAGUGCAUUGGUGUAUAUCAGGAACUAUUUUGGUCUUCUUUGCUAAGUCAAUAAUUAAGACUUACAAAGUGUAUUGACUUACCAAAGUCUUGGACAUCAUCAACAACUAGAGAUUGAGAAUCACAAGAAAAUGGUGCAACUAAAGCUCAUAGCCUUAACCUUGUUGGUGUUGUGGUCAUGGUGGAGCUUUGAGGGUACAGUUGGAGACCCUCAACUCUUUCUACUCAAAUGGGAGUGCGGCGUAGUCUCGGUACAUGACUUGUCCAACUUCAACCAAAAUCGUAACGCAAUUUUGGCAGACCUGAGAGUGCAGGUGAGAAACCAAAGCAAGUACUUUGCCACGGCUGAAUCAACCAGCGGAGCAGACCCUGUUUAUGCCAUGUUCCAAUGCAGGAACUACCUCUCCAAAAAUGACUGUGCCGCCUGCUUUGCCGCCACCGCCACCAAUAUCCGUAACUGCUCCGCCGGAAAUACUGGCCGUAUAGUUUAUGACGGCUGCUUCCUCAGGUACGAGAACAAUGACAUCUUUGACCACAGUUUCAUUUCUGGCCUCCACACACUUUGUGGAAAUCAGACUGCAGAUGAAAGCACAGGUUUUGGUGCAGUUGGACGGCAAGUGAUGAUGGAUCUACAAAUAGCAACACCCAAAAUUAGUGGCUACUUUGCAGCUACCAAGACACAAGUGGCUGGCGGUGUAAUCUAUGCCUUUGCUCAAUGUGCUGAAAUUCUCACACAAGAAACUUGUUCAGACUGUUUGUCAAUUGCACAGAGCGGCAUACAAGAUUGUCUUCCAAAUACAGACGGUAGGGGAGUCAAUCCCCCUGUGUGCUUUAUGAGAUACUCGGAGACACCUUUCUUUGCUGAUAACCAAACUACUGAUAUCAGCCCCUACCUAAAACAAGGAGGAGGAGUUUCAAUCAAGAAUUGGGUUGUUAUUGUUAGUGGUGGUGUUGCAGGUGCACUCCUUGUUGUGAUCCUUAUUUCAUUAUUUUGGUGGCAUAGAAGAUCCCAAAGUCCGACGAGAGUUCCUAGAACAGGUAUCAUAAUGGGAGCAACUGAGUUGAAAGGUCCAACCAAGUACAAGUAUAGUGACUUGAAAGCUGCAACACAAAAUUUCAGUGAGAAAAACAAACUAGGAGAAGGAGGUUUUGGCGCUGUAUACAAGGGGACUAUGAAAAAUGGGAAAGUUGUUGCAGUCAAGAAAUUAAUUUCAGGAAAUUCCAGCAACAUAGAUGAUGAAUUUGAAAGUGAAGUAACGCUUAUAAGUAAUGUUCAUCAUAGAAAUCUUGUUCGUCUUCUUGGUUGUUGCAGUAAAGGCCAAGAAAGAAUCCUUGUUUACGAAUACAUGGCAAAUGCCAGCCUAGACAAAUUAUUAUUUGGACAACGAAAAGGCUCCCUCAACUGGAAACAACGCCGUGAUAUAAUUUUGGGCACAGCAAGGGGAUUGACUUAUCUACAUGAAGAAUUUCAUGUUUCUAUCACACAUAGAGAUAUUAAGAGUGCCAAUAUCCUAUUGGAUGAACAACUUCAGCCCAGAAUUUCUGAUUUUGGGUUGGUGAAGCUCCUUCCAGGAGACAAAUCUCAUAUUACCACAAGAUUUGCUGGGACAUUAGGAUACAUAGCACCUGAGUAUGCACUCCAUGGUCAAUUAUCAGAAAAGGCUGAUACAUACAGCUAUGGAAUUGUAGUCUUAGAAAUCAUAAGUGGUCAAAAGAGUACCAAUGUGAAGGUUCUUGAUGAUGAUGGUGAGGAUGAAUACCUUCUUCGACGAGCAUGGAAGUUGUAUGAAAGAGGCAUGCACUUGGAGUUAGUGGACAAAAGCUUAGACCCUUAUAGCUAUGAUGCAGAAGAAAUGAAGAAAGUGAUAGGCAUUGCUUUGCUGUGCACUCAAGCAUUGGCUGCAAUGAGGCCAAACAUGUCUGAAGUAGUAGUCCUACUUAGUAGCAAUGACUUACUUGAGCAUAUGAGACCUUCCAUGCCUAUCAUUAUUGAGUCGAAUUUAAGGCCCCAAAGAGAUAUCUCUUCUUCAACUGCUUCCUCUACGACUAAUGCAACUAUCUCCAAUUCAAUAGUACCCGCUCGAUGAUUAAAUAUAUGAUGUAAAAUUAUUUUUUUUUGUCCAGUUCAUUAUUAAGGAUGAUUAUUGUUAAAUCUUACUUAUUUUUAAUAGCAAAUUAUAUUGCUGACUUUUUCUCA